AUGUACCGCAUUCCUCUCCUGCUCUUGCCAUUUGCCUCGCUAUCGAGCGCUAGGCCGGAACGCAUGAGACCUCGCUCCAACACAAACCCAAACACCUGCCCUUGCCCCUCGGUCCAAGCCUACCCCACGACUGUGACUGAGACGCUCCACUGUACCGCCAGCACCCUCAGGGAGACUGUGACCGAGUGCAUCACCGUCACCGAGCCGGCCAAGACGGAAACCAUCAUCCACACUAUCCGUCAAGGCGAUGGCCAGCUGUACAACACACACGCCGAGUACGAUGACAGGAAGACGGUGACGGUUACCUACGAAAUCCCCGCUUCCACUACCAACGUGUACCACGAUGGCGGCGACCCUUCCCGGGCUGCCUACGACCCAGUGACGGUGACUCACAAUGGCUACGAAGCCCAGGCCUCCUCGUUCUACAGCAAGGACCAGUACGCCGGCCAUGAGAGCGAGUCCAAGUACGAAAGCAACGGAAAGCAUGAGUACGGAACCAACGACUAUUCUGUCAGCAAGGUCAGUUACAAGGGAAAGGGAGAAUCCGGCAAAGAUCACGCAUCUGGCCACGGAUCCGGCGGUGGCAACCAGGACGGCGGAAAGGAUGGCCAGGGUCAGGAGUACCAUACCCAGACGUCCGGCUCGGGCGGCUCAAACGAGAACGGGGACCACGGAAGCGAUAACAACCACAGCGGGAACAACUACAACGAUGGAUACCAGCAAGGCAACGGGAACCACGACGGCAGCAAUGGUACUGGCAGCAAGGAAAACGGCAACAAGUACGAUCCCGGAAACCAUGAUGGUGGCAAGGACAACGGCAACAAGCACGACGAUGGCAGCCAAAAUGGCGGUGGCAACGACAACAACAGCAGCAACGGCGGUGGUCACUACAGCAGCAGCGGGAAGCAAGGGUAUGGGUCCAACGAGUACCACACCGAGUCCCACACCGAGUCCUACGAACACAAUGAGUCCCACGAACACAGCGAGUCCUACCAACACAGCGACGAAACAUCCUACGGACAAGAGACUCAUCACGGUGUCGAGACAGGCAAGGACGGCCAGGCAUACGGCAACGACCACAAGCACGAGCAGGGCUCUGGUCACGAUGACGGGGACAAGUACACUGGCGUCCAUCAGAGUGCCGACGCCAUCUACGGCCAUGGCAGCUACCAUACUACUGCCCCUUAUCCUGUGCCGUCGAACAGUACCAGCUCGGCCCAUUAUGCCGUGCCGACGAACAGUACGGGACAAGUCCCUCCCUGCGGGCACCAUGACCCCGGAAAGCCCUGCAUCAUCACGUCCGUCUAUGGCACCGCCACCGAGCACAUCACUGUUUACCCUACGGGCACUGCUGAGGAAACGCCCGACUGCUCCAUCUCAUCCAAGAUCGUGACCAAGUACAACACUGUCAUCGCCACUCUCCGCCCCACCGGCGGUGCCUGGUCCUCCGCCAAUGCCACACAGAGCGCGACUGUCAACCCCGUGAACGGCACUGCUACAAGCGUUGCCCCUGGGCCCGCGUACACUUCCGACCAGACCUACAAGUCCAAGCGCACGCCGAAGGCUCCUCGCGCGGCCUUCGCUAAGCUCAUGAACCUGUGGUGA